GCUACAAGGAUGAAGAGCCUCCUUCUCCUGGUGCUGGUUUCGGUCUGUUGGGCUGAUCACCUUUCAGACAGCUACACUCCGGAUCAAGACAGAGUUAUUCACAUCCAAGCGGAAAAUGGGCCCCGUCUCCUCGUGGAAGCAGAGCAAGCCAAAGUCUUCUCACACCGAGGUGGCAAUGUGACACUGCCGUGUAAAUUUUACCGAGACCCUACAGCAUUUGGCUCAGGCAUCCACAAAAUCCGCAUUAAGUGGACCAAGCUAACUUCAGAUUACCUCAGGGAGGUAGAUGUCUUCGUUUCCAUGGGCUACCACAAGAAGACCUACGGCGGAUAUCAGGGCCGAGUGUUUCUGAGGGGAGGCGGAGACAAUGACGCCUCCCUGGUAAUCACAGAUCUCACCCUGGAGGACUACGGAAGAUACAAGUGUGAGGUGAUUGAAGGUCUAGAAGAUGAUACCGCUGUGGUAGCAUUAGAGUUGCAAGGUGUCGUGUUCCCUUACUUUCCACGGCUGGGACGCUACAAUCUCAACUUCCACGAGGCGCGGCAGGCUUGUUUGGACCAGGAUGCUGUGAUUGCGUCCUUCGACCAGCUGUAUGAUGCCUGGCGGGGUGGACUGGAUUGGUGCAAUGCUGGUUGGCUCAGUGACGGAUCUGUGCAGUACCCUAUCACCAAACCCCGCGAGCCCUGUGGGGGCCAGAACACAGUGCCUGGUGUCAGGAACUACGGGUUUUGGGACAAAGAUAAAAGCAGAUACGAUGUUUUCUGUUUUACAUCCAACUUCAAUGGCCGAUUUUACUACCUGAUCCACCCCACCAAGCUCACUUACGACGAGGCGGUGCAAGCUUGUCUCAAUGACGGUGCUCAGAUUGCAAAAGUGGGCCAGAUAUUUGCUGCCUGGAAGCUUCUGGGCUACGACCGCUGUGAUGCUGGCUGGCUGGCCGAUGGCAGCGUCCGCUACCCUAUUUCUCGGCCAAGAAGGCGCUGCAGUCCUACUGAGGCUGCAGUGCGCUUUGUGGGCUUCCCGGAUAAAAAGCAUAAGCUGUACGGGGUCUAUUGCUUCAGAGCAUACAACUGAUGGUGCCCUAGAAAGAGUCAGUUCUCGAGUCAGAGGGAACGCGUGAAAGGUCUUUUGUUUUCGUUCUUGUUUUUAAUAUGAACUCAUGCAAGUUACCAAAACUGUGAUAACCCUUUUCCACUUACUGUAAAGAGUCGUUUUUAUAAGGCCAGAUCAGUCAUUUGUUUUGU